UCAAACAAAAAAAAAAAGCUUUCCAUAAAUCAAAAUCACAUCUUUCUACUUCUCCCAAAUCGGAAUCACUUACAUUGAAACCCUAGAAUCAUGGCAACCACACCGGCAAUGCAAACGACGUUCGUGUCAUCGACGAGCUUUCUGAAACAAGCGAGACCUUCUUCUUCGUGGGGAUCAUCAUCACCGAACAAUGUGAUUUUUCCAAGAAACAAGAGAUCUUCUUCUUCUUCUUCUUCCGUAGUUGUCGCCGCCGUCGGUGAUGUCUCUUCGGACGGAACCAUCUACUUGAUCGGAGGAGCCAUCGCCGUUGCUCUCGUCGGAACUGCAUUCCCGAUCCUCUUCAAACGCCAAGACACGUGUCCGGAAUGUGACGGAGCAGGAUUUGUGAGGAAGGGAAGAGCAACUCUGAGGGCGAAUGCGGCACGCAAGGAUCUUCCUCAGAUCGUUUGCGCAAACUGCAAUGGACUCGGAAAGCUUAACCAGAUUGACAAAUCUUCCUAAUUAUCAUUAUUAUUAUUAUAUAAUCUUUUUUGGACAAAGACAAAUCAAUAACUAUAUAUUUCUAUCUCCUGUUUGUGUAUGUAAAAAAACACUCCAUCUAUAUUACUCUUCUUCUCUGUAAGUGAAUUAUUCGGUUAUUUCUCUGACAAGAUAGCCUGGGUUGCUUGCUUGGUGUUGGUGAAACAAUAGCUUUUGUUGUUGUAAGUUUCUUGUGCUGUAAGAAAUACUCUAUGAAAGGAAUGAUCAAUGGUUUGCUUG